AUGUCGUUGCUUUGGCCUGAUUCUGAAUUUGGACGUUUCGAAACUUCAGUAUCUCGUUUAUUUGAUGACUUUAUUAAAGAUUUUAACAAUGCUAAACGUUCUGGUGGCGCUUUGAAAACAAAUAGUCGUGGUCACAGAAUUCCACCUCUCGAUGUUCACGAAAAUGAAAAGGAAUUUCUCAUAAAUGCUGAAUUACCGGGAGUCACUAAGGAACAAAUUAAACUCGACGUUCGUGAAGGUUCACUUUUUAUUUCUGGUGAAACCAAGCAAGAGGAAAAAUAUAAAGAAGCAAAUACUCAUAUUCAAGAACGUCUUUAUGGUGCAUUUUCUCGUACUGUCACUCUUCCUCGAAACGUUAAAACUGAAGAAAUCUCGGCUAAGUUUGAAAAUGGAAUUCUUGAAGUGAAAAUUCCAAAAGAAGACAAACCAUCUGGAAUGAGAAUUGAUAUUAAAUAG